GGUGGGGCGCCACCACCAACGGCUGCACUUUGCUUACGAACAGGUAUCCCAGAAGAUACGGGCUACAGGGGAAAAGAACAAGCGGUUGUACGACCGGACGGCCCGGGACGCCCCCUUGUUACCAGGAGAGAGAGUCUUGGUACGAGACAAUCGGCGGCAAGGCAAAGGAAAGCUGAGUGACCGUUGGGAGACCAUCCCGUACGUAGUCUGCAGCCAACAGAGGCCGGGACAGCCGGUGUACACCAUCCGGCCGGAAGGAAAAGCCGGCCCUGAACGUGUGGUACACCGAAACAUGAUUCGCCCUUGCCCAAAUUAUCCCGAGGUCGCGAAGGAGGUAGUGGCGGAGCCGGCACCGACGGCCCCCUGGAUGGAAGGAUGGGCUGUGGUACCAGGCCUACCCGUGGUGGCACCACCCCCGGCCGCCCCAGGAGAGCCAGAGCUAGCACCUGAGCCAGUUGAACCCCCGGCCGCCCAGAGGCAACCAGAGCCAGUACCAGAGACAGCCGAACCCCCGGUCGCCCAAAGACAACCUGAGGUUGUGCCCGAGCCCGCCGAACCUGAUUCCCCUGUGAGGCGCUCCCAACGGGAGAAUCAAGGCCGACCCCCUUCCCGUUACGGUGAGUGGACUACUCAAAAGCAUUCCAGGGACUAGAAUGCAUUGGCGGGGGAGGAUGUCACGGGGUGACGAUCUUUCAGGGCGGAACCAAAAGUUGAGGAAGUUUUGGUUCCGCCCGGAUGUUUCCGUCCAGACCGGAAAGACGGGAACACCGGACAUCCGGCAGAUUCGCGGAGGCUGUAAUCAGCCGAUUGGGCACAGCUGUGCCUAGUUGAAGAGAUCGCCGGGCAAUUGGAUGAUUGAGGAACAGAGAGGAGUAUAUAAAGCACAGUUAGAACACAGUUAGGGGUGCUUAGUGUGUGCUGGGAAACGGAGCUGUGCUCAUUGUUGGACGUGGUGGGUGUUUGUGUUUCUCUCUCUCCCUCUCUCUCGUUGUAAAUCUUUAUUGUGGACCUGCUGGAGUGAACAGGAAAACCCUAUGGGCAGGAAGGAACGCUGUUCUAACCAAUACUGAAGGAGUAAAGCAGGAAGAAAAAUUGACCUUCUGGUACAACGUAAACAAAGGCUAUUCGCCGUGAGUAUACCCUUUUCUGUGUGGAGUAACUGGCAAAAGUUAACUUGUGUAACUAUUGGAAACCUCCAGGAGAAGGAGGGCGGCCCUACCCCUAUAAGAGUGUGGUGGGCGAGCCGUGAGAAGUCAAACUUCAAACAGCCGCUGCAACGAGACUUAUUGUGGUCGUAGUUCCCAUCGCCUUAUCGUAGCCCAAGCGCAGUGGAGGACACCGGGCGCUUCCCUUGUUGUGGUGCACUUAUAGUGUGGUGAGUGAGACUGUGUAAUAAAUCUUUUUCACGUUUGGAGUGGUGCUGUGUAUUGCUGUGGGUUGCUGUGUGUCUUGUAGACGAAGCCCCGCAUCAUCCAUUUUUCUUCCACUGGGCAGAGGACGGAGAGGCCAACGACUACAGAAAUCACUGUUAUUAUACGUAGUGUGCUGUUUGGAGUACGAAGGGACACAGACUGAGAGCUGUCCGUGACCGUGAGUAAACCAUUGGAAACUUUCGUGGUGUAUACUUACCUGUGUCUGUUUUGUCGCAGAGUCAGAGGCGAAAGGGUCCGCCGCCCCGUGGUCUCUACGAAAAGGGCGCCCCCGUCUAGGAAUCGAUCGGCCUAUGGGCAUUGGAGAUAGGGCAGCGCUCGACCCGGUGAAGUGGUGUGGGACCUUUUCGCCCCUCUGCUGACCUACGGAGGAGAACCAUAACUACCCAGAAAGCUGUAAACAGCAGAGCCGCGACCACCUGUGGAGAGAGAGAGAACGAGAGUGAAUCAUUGAAGAGCAAACUGUGAACGUGAUACUUACCCAGA